AUGUAUAUCUUGCAGGCUACGAAAUUGUCCAAGCAGCGGUCCACUGCUCGACCGGAGCACUCCCCGAGGUCUAACGUGGACCAGACCUUCAGUUCCCCCGAGCUCCCCGGCGACAGGAACAAAUUCAGGAGCAAGUCGCGAGUGGAGGGCUCCGGCAAAAUUUGUUUAGACGUACAAUCUGCUUCGGAGUCACAGUUGCUUAGCCGAGAAAAUGAGACAUCGCCUAAUUCUCCUCAGUUAGACUAUAUACCAGGCAAGGGUGAUCAAAGUUUCAGUCCAAUCUCUUCCGACAUUAUGAACUGCAUCAGUCCAGUCCAGGAGACCAGUAGGAAGUGCACAAGAGUAUGCACGCAGAGGAAUCCCGCUGACGCAGUGAGGGGAACAUCGAAACCAGAGAAAGCCAGGUGCAACAACAGACAAACAGCGCCACGAAAAUCGGAAGCAUGUUCUUCCUUACUGUUAGAUUCGGACGAGGCACUAUCACGUCAGAUCCGGGACAUCCACAACGAUGCUAGGAAGAGCACCAGAAUCAUCAGAGACUCCAGGGCGAGACUCCUCGAAAUACAAAAGAAAUCUGUAAUAACGGAGGCGGAUGUGAAAGAACUGGGUGAGAGGAACGAGCUGCUGCUGCGGGAGAUGGAGCGGUUCGACCGGAUGACCAGGAACAUACAGAAGCUGAUGGGCGGUGACGUCCAGCUGAAGAGGAGCAGGGAGGAGCCUCAGCGGUGCAUGGACUACGUGCCAGGGAGUGUUUAUGAGCCACCUCUACACCACGAGAUGAAGAUGAGUCAUCCGACGGUGCUGCUGGCGGGGCCCCGCUGCACCCCCGGCUCCGGCCUGGGACACUGCGAGCCACAGACGCGCAGCAAAUCCGAGAUAGACCUGACUCGCAAGCUAAGUGAGAGCUACGACAUGCAGGAGAAACUUGCUGCUGAUAAUGCUGAUCUGGAAGUCAAGAGGUGUGACGCAGCACAUGCACACGAGUAUAUAUUGUACAAGGAACUUAUGACCAAAGACCAAAACUUGGAGACCUGCAGAGCACAGGUCAAGAGGCUGCAAGGGGAGCUGAAGCUUAUGAGCAGAGAGAACAGUCUGCUACAUGAGAAGCUGGACAAGAACAACCCGAAGGGAGAUGCUUCUGCGGUAAACCAGGACACCAAAUGUCAACAAGACACAGAUUCGAGUGAAGAUAACGAAAAGUCUAAUAUUUAUACGGAGAAACUGUUUAGCAAAUUAGAAGAUUACAAGAAUUCAUCUGAAGUCUUAGAGAAGCAGUUAGGUGGGUUGGAGCAGGAAGUGCAUCACAUAAAGAUGGAGAUGCAACAAGUGAAGAUUGCGAGCACCGCGUGCAAGGCCAGUACUGGCCUCCCUAACACUUGCUUCGAACAACCGCCAGGACCACCAGUGCCCCCCUUGGCAAGAGCUUGUGGUGUCUGUCCGCCUUGUCCGGCACCCUGCAAUCCUAACGCGCCACCGUGCGCCUUGCUUCGAACGGAACUGCUGAAAAAGAAAGAAGAGUUGGAGAAAGAGAGAUGUCAACAUCGAGAGGUUCAGAACAAGUUGAGAGAGUUGGAAAUGAAGUUCGAAGGACUAGCAACUCAUACAAACAUGUUGUUGGGGACCAAGGAACAGGCCUUCGAGCAGGAGGUGAACGUGAGGUCUCUGAAGCAGUGCUACAGAGAGGCCAGGGAGGAGAUUGACGAGUUAAGGACUCUAAUGAAGGAGCAGAAUGACCAGUUGCAGGAUUACAGGGUCAAGUACUUGCAAGCCCAGCAACUGGUGGAGGAGCAGCGUCGUCAGAUGGACAUGAUGGACAUGGACAACACCAGGAUCAGUGAGCAGAUUAAUCUGGAGAUACAAAAAGUCAAGUUGAAGUUCCAAGAGAAGCUACAAGAAUUAGCGCCGAUCCCGGAUCUUUUGAAAGCGACGCAGAUGCGGCUGAAGGAUGCGCAACAAGCACAGGCCCUUGCCGAGCACAACGCUGAGCAACUUGCCAGGGAGCUUAACUGUGCCAGGGAAAAGGUUCACAUACUGUUACACAAUAGUACAAAACCACCACCAGAGAAAUCACAGGAGAAGAGCUCUGACGAGAAACAGUUGGCCAUGAUGCAGCAGAGAUUGGCGCAGGUCACUGAGACCAACGUCACUCUCAAGACCGAAAUCGAGAGGCUAAAAGCGAAUGUCAUUCGCAUGGAAGAGUCUGUGCUAGCAAAUGAGAGGCGUCUACAGGAGAAGAUGCACGAGUGUGCGCAGAUAGGUGGCGAACUGGACCGCGCCCGGGACGAGGCGGCGCGCGCUUUACAGCGAGCCAACGAGCGCACGGAGACCAUUCGCAAAUGUAUGCAGACCACGAUAGCAGAAAUGGAACGACAGCUAGCAGCCACCCGAGCUCAAGUAAAGACAGCUGAAAAAGAUCGCGAGGAAUUGCAAUGUCGCAUGCAGUGCCAGAUCAGACGUCUGAAUGAUAACUUCGAACAAGCGCAACUUCGCAUCCUGGGGCUUCAAACACAAGUCCAAACACUGCGGCGAACUGUGUCCAGCACCAGCGAGGGUGGUGAGGGCGAUGAGCUACAGGAGUGCACUUGUAAAAGUAUCUUUGAAUAA